CCAAAACAAAACCGUAGACGUGUUUCCAAAACGCCAAGCAGUGUACUGCUCUUAGGUCCUAACAGCACAGCCUGCCAGCAGCCGGAAACCAAAAAGCAGACCGAUGAAAGAUUAAGGUUGAUAAGCCUUUGAACCGGAACCACGAAAGGUAUCCCAGGCGGGGAGCGGACAGGAACCGCGCCACGAGGGCACUUAAGCCUGUUCGUCCCCGCCCUGCUCCUCUGCUCCUACCAACACCUUCCCCCUUUGCCAGCUUCCGAGCGGAACCUUUUUCACAUUUCUGUGCAGUUGAAACCCGGGAUCAAUUUCGUCAGCACAAUCCGGAACAGUCAACAUGGCGGCGGCCAUAAGGUGCCUCCGUAGAGUCUUGAUACAUCAUCAAAGGCAUAGUCUUUGCAAGAUGGCUUACCAGACAUCUCUUUACCCUUGUUCUGUCAACAGUCUCUUGUCCAACAGACAUUUUGCUGCUGCUACAAAGCCUGCAAGAAAAAUUAAAAAAGGUGUCAAGGAAAAGACAUCAGAUGAAAAACCAGUAGAUGAUAUAGAGAAAAUAAAGUCAUAUACCUACAUGGAAAGUGAUCCUGAAGAUGAUGUCUACUUAAAACGCUUAUACCCACGGCGGAUCUAUGAACUAGAGAAAGCUAUUCACUUACUUAAGAAGUUUCAAGUUCUGGACUUUACCAAUCCAAAGCAAGGUGUUUAUCUUGACUUAACAUUAGAUAUGGCAUUGGAGAAAAAGAAAAGAGUGGAACCAUUUGCCAGUGUUAUUGCUUUACCACACCCUUUCUCAUCAGAAGUCAACAAAGUUGCUGUGUUUUCAGGGAAUGCAUCAGAAAUUAAAAUAGCAGAAGAAAAUGGAGCUGCAUUUGCAGGAGGAACAGAUCUGGUUAAGAAGAUCUUGGAUGACGAGGUUGUUGUGGACUUCUAUGUAGCUGUCCCAGAGAUAAUGGGUGAACUUAACCCUUUAAGGAAGAAACUGAAAAAAAGGUUUCCAAAGGCUACUAGAAAUUCCAUUGGACGAGACAUCCCCAAAAUGCUUGAAUUAUUUAAAACUGCACAUGAAAUUAUGGUAGAUGAAGAAAGGCAGAACUUCCUCAGCACUAAGAUAGCAGUGUUGGAUAUGCCAAGUGACCAGAUAGCUGCCAAUCUUCAAGCAGUUAUAAAUGAGGUCUGUAGGCACAGACCACUGAGUCUGGGUCCAUUUGUGGUACGUGCCUUCCUUCGUAGUUCAACCAGUGAAGGUUUACUACUAAAGACUGACUCAUUGUUACCCAAAGAAGCUAAAACGGAAGAAACUGAAACCGCAGAAGCUGCCUAGAAGCUUAUAUUGAGAAAUUAUUGGGGGGAUAUGUGUAUCAAGAAACAACAGAGACAUCUAUAAAACUGUAUAAUUUCUA